CUACAAACAGAUAGGUUUGUCUGCUCGCUGAUAUUUUUGCAAGAAUGCCCAUGUAAUAUCGCCCUAUUUCUAUUGACUGUCCUGCCCGCGACGACACUUACAGAACUGUGGCUUUACUGACUACAUCGUGUUGCCAAGCAGUCAAUAACUGUCACGUCAGUCGUGGGUUGAUCGUCGCUGCGAGCAAGCAAAGACACUCUCGCCUGGGCCUCAUAGUUUACGACCCAUCGUGCAUUAGAUUAUCAUUUGAAAUUGCCAUCUCACUAAAUCACUGCUAAUAAGGCCUGUCAUUCUGAACUCGAGGACCUCGCCAUCAGCCGACAGCUAAGGAAAACGUCGACUCCGUGCGCGCGUAAUCGGAAGUCAGCGGGGGAAGUGUUCAAGUUAGAUCUGUCAACAAAACAAAAAAAACCUUCAUUCUGAGAAAAUAUCCGUGACGAUACGCUAUAGCAUUGUUACACAGAUCAUCAACAUUCUCGCCCUCUAAGAGAAGAAAAUAAGUACGCGAAUGGCAUCGACGACGGAAAAGCAAAGCGACAAUGGACCGAAAAUGGAAGGGAGUCAAGACCAGCUGAAGAAGGCAGGGACCAGAGGAUCAAGGGUUUUCAAGAAAAGCAGUCCCAAUGGCAAGAUUACUACAUACCUUGGUAAAAGAGACUUUGUUGAUCACCUUACACAUGUGGACCCAGUCGAUGGUGUUAUUUUGGUGGACCCUGAAUACUUGAAAGAUCGUAAAGUCUUUGCACAUGUGUUAGCAGCAUUUCGUUAUGGACGUGAGGAUUUAGACGUACUGGGGUUAACUUUCCGAAAGGACCUUUAUCUUGCGUCUAUGCAGGUCUAUCCCCCAAUCACAGAAGAACAGAAACCACUAACAAGACUACAAGAAAGACUGAUCAAGAAACUGGGGCCAAAUGCUCAUCCUUUUUACUUUGAGGUACCUAAGAAUUCUCCUUCAUCAGUAACACUACAGCCAGCCCCGGGUGACACUGGAAAACCUUGUGGUGUUGACUAUGAACUAAAGACUUAUGUGGCUGACUCUAUUGAUGAGAAACCCCACAAGCGUAAUUCAGUUCGCUUAGCCAUACGUAAGAUUACGUAUGCACCUUCAACACCCGGCCCGCAACCCAGCGUAGAAGCCAGUAAAGAAUUCAUGAUGAGUACUGCUCCCCUCCACCUCGAAUCAUCUUUGGAUAAAGAGAUGUAUUACCAUGGUGAAAGCAUUGCUGUGAAUGUACAGAUCACAAACAAUUCAAAUAAAACGGUGAAAAAGAUUCGGAUAUCUGUGCGGCAGUUUGCUGAUAUCUGUCUUUUUUCUACUGCUCAGUACAAAUGCCCUGUAGCUGUGCUGGAAACUGAAGAUGGAUUCCCUGUUGGACCAAGCCAGACACUAUCCAAAGUAUACUAUGUAACUCCUUUACUUGCCAAUAAUAGAGACAAGCGUGGAUUGGCACUAGAUGGCAAACUAAAACAUGAAGACACCAACCUAGCAUCAUCUACUAUCAUUACUGAUGAGUCUCAGAAAGAAAACCUUGGAAUUAUUGUGCAGUAUAAAGUGAAAGUGCGACUCAUUGUUGCAUAUGGAGGGGAUUUGGCUGUUGAACUGCCAUUUACACUGACCCAUCCUAAGCCACCAGAGAGCCCACCACCAAGCCGCCCAGAGAGUACACAACCUGGAAAUGAGGCUGAUAUCCCAGUUGAUACCAAUCUGAUUAGCUUUGACACUAAUGGUGAAGCCAACCAAUUCCCAGAUCGUGACGAUGAUUUCAUCUUUGAGGAGUUUGCUCGUCUACGAGUGAAGGGAGCAGAAGGAGAUGAGGCUGAAGCUUAAAAUGGAAUUAUCAUAAAUUAUAUCAUAAUUGUAGGCAUCAAAUCUUAAAUGUUUAAAAGAAAAAAAAAAUCAGGCAUCAUAUGUUUUACCGUCUUUACUGAAAAGUCGCACACGAUUGUAACUAUUGAUUUUAGUGAUAAAAAUAUGUUUUAAUUAUAAUAUCUAUUUUUUGGUGAUGGUUAUUAUGGUCACACAGCCUUAUUGUAGCGAAUUGAUAUACUCCCAAUAUACUAAUACCUUACUGAUACAAGCAAGGGAUGUGCAGAUAUCCAGGGGAGGGGGGGGCAUUUUUUUUUUAAAUCACUUCUGGAAGUGUUAAAUUAUCACACUUACGUUGCCAUGACAAUGCCUUUUUUAAAAGUGGCAAUUACAUAUAAAUAGAAUAUAUGUCAAAAUAUCAAAAUAUAUAACCUGCUCUUUUUAAUAUUCAUGUAGUGUUGAAAGUUGUCUGUGAAUUAAAUUAUGUGUAUGUUUCAAAAACAAUAAUUUAAAAAAAACCCUUACAUAUCUAUUCUUGUACUUUGUAGUUUUUAUUGUGUAUCUAUUUAAUUUAUAGUAGUGUUUGGAGUCAAGCCAAACAAAAAAAAUUAACUGAGCACACUGUUUUUUGGGGGGAUCACAUAUUCUACUAUAAAGAUGUAUUUGUAAUUUUUGUGUUAUAGAGAUUGUAUAUUUCAGUCACAUGACAGGUACUUCAAUGUAUGUACCUGUUUGCAUCCAAUUAUAUCACCACUAAGAUCUUUGUGAUCCUCAAUUAUAUGGAAUGUGUUGUCAUGGUUACAAGCCGAUUGGUUUCUUGGUAUCUUUGUACAUGCAUUCUCUGUUGGUGUUAAUAAGUGAGCUGUAUUGUGAUAGCUGCCAAAUGGGACCAUGCUGUAUGCUUUCCACAAAACUGCAAAUUACGAUCUUCACAAAACCCAUGCGUCUUUAGAGAAGGAAAUUUCUUCAGCAUAGUUGUGUUGAAACUUUAUUAAUACAUUUAAAAAAAAAAAAAAUUUAUUGUAGUUUUAAACACAACUUUAGUUGCACAUUCUUUCUUUUUUAAUUUUUUUCUUGUUGCCAAAAAUGUAUAUUUUACUAUACUUUUUAAGUGACUUUUUACAAUGAUUGUAUGUAUCUAGUGAUGCAUUGUAUGUACAUUUAGCUGCACCAUGACUGAGGCACACUUUGCCACAUAAUUACUUAUUGUUGGGGUUUGUUUACUGUUUAAUUAAGAAACAAGCAUAUUAUUUAUAAGCAGCUUUGUUAACUUUACAAGUCGUUCUGUGUUGAGAUCUGUACAUGUUUCGUGCUUGUAUUGAAAACUAGUUUAUCCAGUGAGCUAGUGUCUGUUUUCUGGAUGCAGUGGCAAUAGAUUCAAAAUACUUAAUAAUAAUGUUUCAAAUUUGUACAUAAAAAUCUCUAGUGUUAAGAUGAUCUAUGUACAUACAAAUAAAAGUGCCAUUUAGUGUGCUGCAAUAGCUGCUAAAUUAUCACAACACAUUUGGAAGUUCACAUUGUCCUCUAUCGACAGUUCCAGUAUUUACUCUGAUAUGACCAGCUAUACAACCUAUUGUUGAGUCAUACCAGUACAUUACAUGUAUUUGAUGGUUUCUAUUGUUCGCAGGUUACAAACAAUUAUGAAAUUGCCUUCAUUAACUGUAUGUCAAAGUUGAGUAGCUUGUAAAUGAAAAUUUCAGUUUGACAAGCAAUCGUUUCUUCAAAUCACAUGACUAUCACAUUGUGUCAGUAUUACUGUAUAUUGCAUACUGCUUUGAUAUGUCAUGGUUUUCUUGGAAUUUGCGUCAUAUUGUCUUUUGCCAAAAUUAUUUACCAUAUUUGUUUUAUUUUGCUUUUGGGUUUAUGUCUGCUUCUAUCAGAGCAAAUUCGGUAUAGUGGUUGUUGAGUUGUGUGAUCAGUCUAUUCAGAGUUCACCUACUCGCACUUAAAGUUUCACAGUCCUGUCAGAUUUGACAUUGGUUUCAUGGAACAUAACACCUUUACAAAUUAUAUUGUUGACAUCAAAUUGGAAUGUGCGAUUUAAUGUUUUUCGUUAUAUUGCCUUUUAAGCACUUGCCAACGAAAAGGUAUCCAAAACUGUGAAAUCUGAUAUUGUGUUGUAAAUAAUGUUUCUAGUGUCUUUUUAUUACAAAAUUGCCAACAUUUGUUUUGUUUUUUCUCAGAACCUUUUGCUAACGUGCUGUGCCACCAAUGUUUUUUGUUCUUUUUUUUUCACCAUGGAAAACUGAAUACUUUGUUGGAAAGAUUAAAUUAAACUUGUGCAGUGAGUUGAAGAUCAUGUUAAUGAUUAACAGAUUCCUUCAGGGGGACACAGGAAAUAUACAAAAAAGAGGGCAAUUGCUACAAUGUAGCAUUUGUAGUGGGUAUUUGUGUUCACUUAGUAAUGUACGUGUACAUGCACAUUGGUCACCAAUAAAAUUUCUUGUAACUAUA